CACUCUGCGCAUACUUGCAUCAAACUGAACGAUUGUUGUUUGGGUCCGGAUCAUUGGACGCCCUUAAGUGAACCGUGCGGUUAUUUUAUUUAUUUUUUUUUUGAACGGUGUCUGUGGUGCUGUGGUGAUUUGGGAAUUGAGCCGAAUUGUCGGCGUGUGGAAGUGAAUUGUGCCGAUUGAGAGAGAAUAAUACUUAUCAGUUGCCGUGGCCAGUUCUUCGAUCGCUGCCACCGACCAACCAACCAACCGGUCUCUUGCAGCACAAGACGUCGAACUAAUGGCUUCGAAGGACCGCAUCGCCGCACCGCGUAGGCCUACAGUGUUCGAGGGCCCCCGAAAAUGAUGCCGUCACGUUCCACCCCAAACCUCCAACAGUCGUCGACGAAAACCAACCACCCGUCCAUCUAUUCGUAUCUGCAGAACCAAUCGGGGCUGAACUUCGCCCCAGUGAGCACGACAUCGUCGACGAGAGAUGCAGAUUCGCCGCCCGCGCCUCCAGUCCGCGACUCAUCCAGCCUCAAGUCGAUUAAGUACGGGCCAGGACACGAGAAGUUCCCGUCGUGGCCGGUGCCGGCGGCCGCAGAGGCCCCGCAAGCCGUCCGCGGUCCACCUGGCGGCGGUUCUCACCGCUCCAAGUCAUGGACCGAUCACACCAACUAUCCCAAGGAGAAGGUCGUGCAAUACACCAGGCCCUAUAUGAAGAGGCAACACUCGAGCUACGCUCAACAGAAACUGAAGACGGUGAUGGAGCGAUGUGAAAAAAUUCCGCCCGAAACGUACGAGAGCCGCUACGACAAGAUGAACGGACGUCUGUAUCUGCCGCAUGUGGACCACGACGGCAAGUCGCUGGGUGACAUGGACUACAUGGUGCCGUCGCCGCCCGAAAGGGACGUGACCACGAAGCCGCAGCUCACGCAGGCCGAUCUCGAGGAGUACGCGAGGUCGUACCAGGAGCCCAAGUACGGGUUCGAUGACAACUUGAAACAGCACAUCUCGCCCGGCCUGGAGGACUUCAUGGAGUACGCGCGCAGCUACGAGGACUCGAUGUACCCGAGCGCCAAGCACGAGGAAGGGAUGUUGACCCACCUCCACCAGAAGCAGAUCUCGUACGCCCAGUCGGAGGGCUAUCACAGUUACGUGUCGAGCACCGACUCGACUUCAACCCCGUUCCUCGACCGUUUGCGUAGGGACAGCGAGGCGGUCGCGGCGCGUCCGCACUCGUCGAACACGUGGGACGAACUGUCCGACCAGGAGAACUGCAAGGGCCGCGACAGCGUCGUGACGACGUCGUCGGGAAGCGCGUCGUCGAGCGAGACGCUCAAGUGGCACGGGUCGAUGAGCGACGUGUCGGUGGCGAGCUCCUGCACUCACUCGAACUCGUCGAUUUCGAGACAGUUGAUCGCGCACAGUGCCAGGGUGCAGACGCCGCAACGGCACCACUCCGAGAGCGUACUGUAUAUGGGUGGCGAGAGCCAGGAGGGCUGGAAGGACAGGGAGAGCAGGAACAACAGCGCCAACAAGCUGAAGCUGUUCCCGGUCAACACGUACACGGUGCAGGACCAUCAGACCAACGGGAUCGGCAACAGUUCUAAUUCUAGCAAUAGACUGUCGCUGUCCAUGCAAUCGGCAUUAUCGGUGGCAGAUCGCAUAAGUGAGCUAGAAAAGCAACAGAAAUACUCCUAUCUCGAUCCGGAGAAAAAGCACAAGGUUCCAGAUCCUACACUCAAGGCCAUACAGAAAAAGGCUCUCCUGUCCUUCUACGAAAGACACCACAACAACCCGAACAAAAGCAACGCCUGGCGGUCGGAGCCGCAGCUAGCCCAAUCGCAACAGCCCUUGUCUAUACCGCAACCUCCGCCGAAAGUCAAGGUGCAAUUGCCAUCGAGACGUGCAUCCUCAGCCUCUGACUACGCCUCCGGCAACAACUCGAAACGUAGCAGUCUGGCGAGCAGUUUGGAAUCCAAAACGACGGAUCACCUGUACAAAACCACACCGCGACACCAGCACAGCAAUUCUUGCGGCAGCCUGUCGACCGAUCUGCUGGGGCCUGUAAUCAUGGGCCCGUCAAUAUCAGUGGACGAUUGGGUGCCGGAAAAACCGCCGGAAAGGCCACCGAAAAACCCGCAUCUGAGAGCCGCCUUCCCGGACCUAUUCCAGGACCAGAGGGUGCCCAGCCCCGAUUUACCACCACCGUCACCUCCAACAGUCACCGAAGGCGAGGUGAUCAACUGUGACGACCCACUGCCACCGCCACCGCCCGAAUGCGAAACCGACUGGCAACAGGAGUUCAACGAGAGACUCAAGGAAAACACCAGCCAUCAACAGGCCGCACCGCAAGUCCAAAAAACUGCCCGAGACGACUUUUCAUUGGACAGAAAAUCACCCAUAAAACAAACGGUGGGUUUGCCCGAAAGGAACGGCUUGUACGCCAGCGUCAGGUCCUCCAUCAAGACCAAGUCGGCCAGUCACAUCUUCCAGCAAGUGAGCAGCAAACCCUACCCCUCCACCCCGGAAAAACUGCGCUCGGACAAGCCCGAAUUCGGUUUCCCCAAUCAAAAGGGUUACGCGGAACGUUCCAACAUCAAGUAUCCCCAAACUCAAAAGCUCGUGCUGAACGGCAACAUAGCCGUCAGUCAGAAGGUUAAUGGAGUAUCGGAGGAGUACAGGCCCGAACCGCUUAGACCGCACAACAGGGAGGAGAGCAGGAAGGCGCAGAGGAGCUCGAUCUCGGAGGCGGCGCUCAAGGAUUCGCCUCCGCCCCUUCAGCCGAGGCAGAUGCGGAUCAAUCAGAGCAUGAGGGCAAGGAUUACGCACGAGCACCGCGGCGGGCCCAGUAGAGCGUCACCGCCCAAAGAGGAGAAGAUGAGGGAGACCAGAUCCAGCUCACUGAGCCAGUCGAAGGCUUCGUACUUGGCGUCGCGCAGAGAACGCGAACGCAUAGUUCCGGACUCCGAGACCGGAAGCUACAAGCGAACCAUGUCGCCGAACGGACACGCGAUCUCCCCGGAAGUGAUAGCCGAAUCGCAGCGAGUGAACAGCCGCGAAACCAUUUGGCCCCUCAACCGUUCGACAAAAGACAUAGUCAAAAACAACAACAACACGAACCUCCUGCGCAGAGUGUCGAUAAACGACAAGCAGAAGGGCAGCUCAAUCAAAGAUAAAUGUGAUGAUACGAUUAUCAAGAAGCCGUUGGCUUUGCCGGACGUGCUUCCAGUCAACGUCAAGCUACACGGACCCAGAUCUCAACAGUACGCCAGGCCGACACACUUGAGUCUGUCGCCGAUGGACGACAACAAGACCAAGCCAUCGCCAAAGACGCCGCCCUCGUCGCCGCCCAAGAGUUCGCCGAGGGGCUCUCCGUUCACACCGCUACGCACGACGCAUCUGUCCAACUCACCGUUGGUCGCCUCGUCGAUAAACUCGUCGGUCGUGCACACUUCCGUCAAGUCCAUGGCGGUGCCGAUCAAGUCGACGCCCGAAAGGAAAACCGUCACGGCGGCUACUUCUCCGUCCUCUCCGACAAGAUCUUCUCCAGUCAUCAAACCGUCCCUGUCACCUAGUUCAACCCUAAAGAUAUCACCGAUGAGAACAUCACCGUUGGCGCAAUCGACGCCCAGCACACCUCUCGCCACUCCUACACCUCCACCCUCACCCAACAACUCGGUUACAACGCCAAAGAAGAUCGAGGAAUGUCCCAAGGUGAUUGAAGGCCUGCAAAUGAUCCAAAGGACUGAGGUGGUUUUGAGGGUGAACGCGUCGACCACCGACGCCUCAUCACAAACCGAGAAAGAAGAGUUACCGCCAACUCCUUUGCCGACUAGAAAGAAACUUCAGGAGGAGAUCGAGUGCGAGAAACUCUCCGAAGACUUUGUCAAUCAUUUACCCACUUCUGACAGACUGAAAGAUCUCCUAGUUCCUGGACCAGAUCACAAAAAACCCACAGAUUAUGUCCAAGGACUGUUUCGCGUGGACGUAACUUCAAGACCCAGACCAGCCAAUUCGCCUUUUAGAAGUAGGAAUAACACACCAAGCAGCAGUCCACCCCCCACAAGCAUGUCGUCCUCUGUAUCUACCACUAAUGGAGUAACCACAUCAAAAUUAAGUUUAUCACCUACAGUUCCAAUAGUGGUUCCCAGUUUGGAGCCAACGAGUCCCCUUUCAGGAAACUCGAUUUACUUCACUACAUCCGAGCCUAAAGCGAAAUUCUUGACACGGUACAGCCAGGACAUGAACCAGUGCCACACUGUAAAGGAUACCAAAGAUCUAAGUCAAAAGAAGGAAGAAUUAGUGAGCAGAUUGGAUCGAAAAUUGGAGGUGUUGCGUGGCGAACAGCUGGUGGUUUUGGAUGAAUGCAAGAUCAACGAUGAGCUUGGCGAGAAUGUGGAGAAUCACAUCCACAGAGUGGCGCGUCCCCAAGAGACCGCCAAGUUUAGGCUACAUGUAGAAGAAGUCGGUAAAAUCACCAGCCUGUUGUUGAGUUUAUCUGGACGACUUGCUCGGGCUGAAAACGCCCUGAUGGGAAUGAGUGAUGAUCAUCCAGAAAAAAGAAUUUUAGAGACCAAACGUGAUAAACUCAAGGACCAACUGGAGGAGGCUAAGAAGCUUAAGGAGUGCAUCGAUCGUCGCAGCAUCAGCGUAUCCAACAUCCUCUACAAGUACUUGAAUUCGGAAGAGUACGCAGAUUACGAUCACUUCAUCAACAUGAAAGCGAAACUGAUAAUGGAUUCGAAAGAAAUCUCAGACAAGAUAAAAUUGGGCGAGGAGCAGCUGAUGGCCCUCAAAGAAACUCUCAUCGUCACAGACUGAAUUGUGUAAUUUAGAUUGUAGGUGUAAAAAGUAUGCUUACCAUUCGAGUUUUAUCGAAUGCGCCUAGUCCAGUGACAAAUUCUCUCGCUUUUUAGAUCUUCAGGACACGAAACUUACGUUGUGUCCGAGUGGAGAACUCUUUGAUAUCUGAUUUUACUAUAUUUUUUAUUAAGUAAUGGUACUUAUUUAAACGAUGUGGUAUUUCAAAUGUUUGUGAUGAUAACGAACUAAUGUUUGAGAAUAUCAUGCGUACGUAGGGUGUACCUCGCAAUAUCUACUGACUGUGUAGACCUGACAACAGUAGAAAAGUGGCCGCUUAAGACAAUGAGGCCACCUCUUACCAUUUAUAAAAAUGGAUAAGACGGUGUGUCCUGAGCAGAAUAGGCUGUUAUUUUUGUGCAUUUCGUUUUUAGUUAAUGUAUUUAUAAGUGCAAAUAUUGGCCGUUUUGUAAGAGAGGUAUUGAAUACAUGUUUUUAAAUUAAUUUUAAACUAUUUAUUCAUCAAUAUAGAAUUUAUUUUUACUAUUGUAUCAGUAGCUCUCUUACGAAAUGCGACCGAGAACAUCUUCCUACCAAGUAUUUAAUGUAUCUUAGUUGUAUAGAUCAAAAUUAUAUCUUUUUUGAUGAAUUUACUCGGCAAAGAGUAGAACGAUUGUAUAUAUGAUGUAUCAAAAACGAAUAUUAUGGUGCUCUGGAAAUUGUGUAAACGGAUAAGAUUUUGCAUUGUGAUUUUAUUAGUUGAAACCAGUCGUAUAUUGUAUUUUCGUAUAUAAUUUUAAUUUAUCCAUAAGAUGUUACAUACCUUCAAAUAAAAUAGACUAUUUUUGAGCUUUACGCGUUGCUUGCAAUAAACAAUUAAAUAACCAAUCACUAGAA